AACACAACACUAUUAAUUCAGUGCUCUUCCCUGCCUGCGUCUGCGUGCAGCGUGCUCGCGAGGUCCUGCUUCCUGCUGCGAUGGGGGGCGAGACGCACCUGAGCGUGCAGGAGCUGGCGGCGUCGCUGGGCGCGCUACCGCCGGAGUUCGUGCGGUCUGAGCAGGACCAGCCGGGCGCGACCACGUACCGCGGGGCCGCCGUGCCGGACGCGCCGGUGAUCGACAUGUCGGAGCCCGGGUUCGGCGCGCGCAUGGCCGCAGCCGCCAGGGAGUGGGGGCUGUUCCAGGUGGUGAACCACGGCGUGCCCUCAGCGGCGGUGGCGGAGCUCCAGCGCGUCGGGCGGGCCUUCUUCGCGCUUCCGACGGAGGAGAAGGAGCGCUACGCCAUGGACCCGGCGUCCGGCAAGAUCGAGGGCUACGGCACCAAGCUGCAGAGGGACCUCGAGGGCAAGAAGACGUGGAACGACUUCUUCUUCCACGUCGUCGCGCCGCCGGAGAAGGUGGACCACGCCGUCUGGCCCCGGAGCCUCGCCGGGUACAGGGAGGCCAACGAGGAGUACUGCCGCCACAUGCAGCGCCUGACGCGCGAGCUGUUCGAGCACCUCUCGCUGGGGCUGGGGCUCCACGGGAGCGCCAUGGCGGAGGCGUUCGGCGGAGACGGCCUGGUGUUCCUGCAGAAGAUCAACUUCUACCCGCCGUGCCCGCAGCCGGAGCUCACGCUCGGCGUCGCGCCGCACACCGACAUGAGCACGCUCACCGUCCUCGUGCCCAACGAGGUGCAGGGGCUCCAGGUCUUCAAAGAUGGUCAAUGGUACGAGGCCAAGUACGUGCCCGACGCACUCAUCGUCCAUAUCGGCGAUCAGAUCGAGAUUUUCAGCAACGGGGCAUACAAGGCGGUGCUGCACCGUACGACGGUGAACAAGGAGAAGACGCGGAUGUCAUGGCCGAUGUUCGUGGAGCCGCCGGGGGAGCUCGUCGUCGGGCCGCACCCCAAGCUGGUCACGGAGGAGAGCCCGGCCAAGUACAAGGCCAAGAAGUACAAGGACUACCAGCACUGCAAGAUCAACAAGCUCCCCAUGUAAUUAUGUAGCUCGGGUUCUACUGUCGUGCAGUGUGCACCCGCUUCUGUUAUUUCAGUCUACCAUUUAAGUCACAUAACCGACCGUGUUAUUUGUUGUUGUUGUUGUAAGGGCACUAAUACAUGCUAAAGAAUAACUAGUAUUUUGUCCGUGUAUUACUGUAAUUUCUAUAAUUAAAAUAUUUACGAUAUCUA